AUGGGGUGCGGGGCCCCCCUCGGACCGCGCCUGCUGCGGGCAGCGCUGCUGCUCGCCCUCUGCCCCCCCGCCGCCGGCGGCACCUGGAUGUGGCUGGGCAUCGCCGCCGCCGGCGGGCCGGAGAAGCCGGGCUGCGCCAGCCCGCCGCUGAGCCGCCGGCAGCAGGACCUGUGCAAGCAGAAGCCGGAGCUGGUGCCCGCCAUCCGGGAGGGAGCGCGCCUGGGCCUCCAGGAGUGCCGCAGCCAGUUCCGACACGAGCGCUGGGACUGCCGCCCGCCGCCCGCCGCCCGCCGCGGCCCCGCCGCCGCCGCCUUCGGGCACCAGCUCAGCAGCGGCACGAAGGAGACCGCGUUCAUAUACGCAGUGACGUCGGCGGGCCUCGUGCAUUCGGUGACGCGAUCGUGCAGCGCAGGAAACAUGACCGAGUGCUCCUGCGACACGAACCUGCGGCACGGGGGCUCGGCCAGCGAGGGCUGGCACUGGGGCGGCUGCUCUGACGAUAUCCACUACGGAAUGUCGUUCAGCAGAAAGUUCCUGGAUGUGCCCAUUAAGAACGUAACGGGCAAGAGCGGGAGCGGACUGGUGGCGAUGAACCUGCACAACAACGAGGCUGGGAGGCAGGCUGUAGCAAAGCUGAUGUCAGUGGAUUGCCGUUGUCACGGUGUUUCUGGGUCCUGUGCUGUGAAAACUUGUUGGAAAACAAUGUCUUCCUUUGAAAAAAUUGGCCGGUUUUUAAAGGAUAAGUAUGAAAACAGCAUACAGAUAUCAGACAGACUAAAAAAAAAGCUACGCAGGAAAGAGAAAAGCCAGCGAAAAAUACCAAUUGGGAAAGAAGACCUGCUGUAUGUGAACAAAUCGCCCAACUACUGUGUCGAAGACCAAAAAUUGGGGAUCCCUGGGACUCAGGGAAGGGAAUGUAACCGCACCUCGGAGGGACCCGACGGCUGCAACCUCCUCUGCUGUGGGCGUGGGUACAACACCCAUGUCGUCAGGCACGUGGAAAGGUGUGAAUGCAAGUUUGUCUGGUGCUGUUAUGUGCGCUGCCGGAGGUGUGAGACCAUGACCGACGUACAUACCUGCAAAUAA